AGUUGUUUGUGAUCCGCUAAACCGAGAGAAGAAGAAGAAGCAGCCGCACUGACGCUGUCAGAGUCACUUUAAUUAUAUUAACUCGUAUUUCAGGUAGAGCUUUUCCACAAAAACACUCCAGAAUGGCUUUUCAGUGUCAACGAGACUGUUAUAUGAAAGAGUUUGUUACCUCUGUGGUAUCCUGCUGCCCAGCUGAUCUCAAACAAGAGGUCAAUGGAAAGAAAGAAACUCUGAAGGGCUUCAAUGUCAAGCUCCAAGACACCAUCCUGUUUCCUGAGGGAGGCGGCCAACCGGAUGACCAUGGGCUGAUUGGAGAUGUCCCAGUUUUGAGGGUGACAAGGCAGGGGCCAGAAGCCGUCCACUUUGUGGGCUCACCUCUGGAGGUGGGUCAGGAGGUGCAUGUGAAGGUGGACUGGGAGAGGAGGUUUGACCACAUGCAGCAACACUCAGGUCAACAUUUGAUCACAGCUUUGGCAGAUACAUUUUUUGGAUACAAGACCACAUCCUGGGAACUGGGGCGUCAGAGAAGCACCAUUGAACUGGACACUCCCUCUGUGAAGCCCGCCCAGCUCCAGGCCCUGGAGGAAGCCAUAAACGAAAAGAUCAGAGCCCAUGUCCCUGUAACCGUUCAGCUUCUCUCUAUAGAUGAUCCUGCUGUGGAAAAGGUGAGGAGUCGAGGGCUGCCAGAGGACCAUGCAGGGCCCAUUCGGAUCAUUGAUAUCGAGGGCAUCGAUGCCAACAUGUGCUGUGGAACCCACGUGUCUAACCUUAGUCACUUACAGGUAAUAAAGCUGCUGGGAACUGAGAAAGGAAAGAAAAACAAAACCAACCUGAUCUUCCUGGCAGGAAACAGGGUAUUGAAGUAUGCUGAGAAAAGCUACAGCACAGAGCGAUCACUGGUGUCUCUCCUGAAAACUGGGCCUGAUGAGCACAUUGAGGCAGUUGACAAGUUGCAGAAGUCUGUUAAGCUGCUACAGAAAACUAACCUGAGCCUGCUACGAGAUAUGGCUGUCCUCAUCGCUCAGAACUUUAAGAACGACCCCCAGAGAGGCAACUUCUUCAGCUUGCACAAAAAAGAGGGUGACAAUGAGUUCAUGAAUAUCAUUGCCAAUGAAAUUAACACUGAGGAAACUUUGGUUUUCCUGACUGUUGGAGAGGAGAAGGGACCUGGUUUGUUUGUACUGGCUGGACCCAGUGGACCAGUGGCUGAGAUAGGACCGCGGGUGUUAGAGAUUCUCCAAGGGAAGGGGGCAGGAAAAAACGGACGUUUCCAAGGGAAAGCCAACAGCCUGGCACGAAGAGGGGAGGUGGAGGCUUUUCUACAGCAGCACUGCAAACAUCGCACCUCAGAGGAAGAAUAAACCCAGCAAUGGUUCAAUAAUAAUAAAUAUUUUUAUGUUAUGGUAAACAAUACACUUACAAACCAAUAAGGAUAGCUUACCUGUCUGUCUAUUCAUAUUUCAUUGCAAUCACUAAAAUGAUGUGUUAAAGCACACAUACCAAAUAGAUCAUUUAAGUGAAAAUGUAUAUAAUUGAGACUUCUGUGCAACAUGCAUUGUACAUAUCUGAAUGUUAAAGGUCAUAUUGUUUUUAUUCAUUUAAAACCUCAUCUGUUAAACCUUAUUUUCUAUGA